CAUCCAAACAAGACCAGCAGGUUGGUCGGAACCCUAUGCCUGACCUCCGCCUCCGAUCCUCCGCCCUGAGCCGCGCGCCGCCGCCGCCGCCGCUGCAGGCUCCUUGUUCCUCGCCGGUUUGCUCGUAUCGCUCCGUACAACGACGCACCGGUGCUAGAGAAGACAACAGCACAGGGAGGCGACAAAGGUGGCAUUCUGUUCUCCAAAGAGCAGAAAACAUGGUUAAUGCAAUAAAGGGGUUGUUCAUCUCCUGCGAUGUACCGAUGGCACAGUUCAUUGUUAAUCUGAAUGCUUCAAUGCCCGCUUCGGACAAGUUCAUCCUGCACAUGCUUGACCCGACACACAUGUUUGUGCAGCCUCAUGUGGCGGAGAUGAUCAGAAGUAAGAUUUCAGAGUUCAGAGACCAAAACAGCUACGAGAAGCCAACAUGAAAGAUCACUCUACCCCACAAUUCCUGUGUGUGCACCAUUGAAAAGAUACCAACGCUUGUCUAUGGUUUAUAGUUUUUCUUUAGAUAGUCUAUGGUUUAGUAUAGUUGUGUGUGAUGUGACUUGUGAGCGUCAUGUGCCACUCAUCAAUCAUGAUGAUGUUCAAGAAUGAUAAACUUGCAGUAUCAGAAAAUGUUGUGGCUUAUGACUUAUUUGUCUUCAGUGAUAGUAUUAAUCACCUGUCCAUUUGGUAGCGUUGGAACAUUGAGAGACAGCCUAUUUCUGAAGAAUCAGUUAACUUUA